UGAGAAAUAGAAUCCAUUAAACAAAUGACACCAAGAUGGUGGAAGCCAAAAAGGCCACCACCUCCACCACCACGUUGCGGCAGCGUUUUCUGCAAAUCUUGCAAGAACUCCACCAUUCCCAUCAAAGGGGCUGUGGUGAAAUUAGAGUGCAAGAACACGAAGAAGGAGAUGGAGGAGAGGACAGAGACGGACGAGAAUUUCUUGUUAUUGAGUGCCUCGCUCAUGCCCCUCAAAACCGUGGAAGAAUUGCCCAGCCACGCGAGGCAAAUUGAGGGAGGUGCUGAGUUGGCAAGCGUGGCAUGGGUUUUCCACGCCCAUUGCCGAUGCUCUAAGAGAAAUGGCAAUGGUGAGGAAUGUCCUCAGCCUCGCUUGCCACAUCACCAAAUCGUGGAAUGUCAGUAGCAUUCCUUCAUGAUUGCCAUGGCACUUGCGAGGCAUCCAUUUUCCAUUUCUUUUUUUUUUCUAAUAUCUUUUAAGAAAGAAAUAAGCUAUUGUAUU